CUAUUAUUUUUAUUAAUUUAUAUAAAUGGCUGAAUUAACAAAGGAAGAGAAGAAAGAAAAAAGCAAAUAAAUGAAAGAUAAAAUGAAAUUCGUUGAGUAGUAAGCAAGAUUCAGAAAGGCUUAAACAGAAUUAAAAGAAAAUGGAUUGGAAAAUACAUCAGUAAAUGCAAAGCGUGAAAUAAUGAGAGCAUUGGAAAAAGAAAUGGAUGAUAAAUAAUUAAAACAAUAUAAUGAACUUCAAAAGAAAUUAGUUAGAAUGAAUUAUUUUGGGUCUUUUUUUGGAUUGACUACUGCAGCCAUAUUACCACGAACAUUUAGAUUUUAUCAGAAACUUGAAUUACCUUCUAGGUAUUUUAUAAUAUAAUAUUAAAGACUUGCUGUUUGUAUUGGCACAUUUUUAAUCACUCAAUAAGGAGUGGCUUUCAAAUAUUUAUGUGAUGUGGAUAAUUUUGAAGAAGAAUAUAUUGAGAAACAUAAAAAUUAAUUUUUAGAGACAUCGUUUGAGAGUUGAUUUAAUUUAAUUUUAUAAUCUUUUAAUAAUUGUGAUUAUAAUAUGCAAUAUUAUGUUCCAACAUAAGAUGUAUUGGGAUCUCUUUCAGAUGUAUUUUCAAAUUGUAACUACCAAUUUGAUAGCUAAAAACAUUCUGAAUUAGAUGAAAAGCUUUUUUCCGCUUUUUCAUCCAGAUUAGAUACAAAUAAAUUCAAAAGCAAUCUAGAUAAGUAUAUAGAAAAAAUCAAAUGUAAUAAAAUAGACUUUAUUUUAGAAAAAAUUUAGAAGUAAGAUGAAGAUGAUAGUUCCAAAUAAUUAUCAAGUAAAUAAAACAAUAUAUCUAAAUAAAAUGAUACAUAAACAACAUGUCCCUUAAGUUCAAGUAAAUCAAAAGCUGGAUUUGAGGAUUUUAAUCAAUAAUAGCAGAAUAACAAUGUAAUAAAUUUGAAUUACUUAAAGUAGAUAGAAGUAUCAACUAUUUUUAUGGAUAAUGCAUGUUAAGCAGCAGUUGAAAAAAAUGAAAGUUUUACUUAAACUGAAAAUAUUUUACCUGAUAUGAUUAAAAUGUAAAAUAUUACAGAAUUACAUGUUUAAAAUACAAAAAAAAUGGAUUAAAAUAAAUUAAAAUUGUUUAAUUAGGAGGUGUCAUUAUAAAUUUAACAUCAUUAGAUUAAAUAAUAAUUCUCAGAUUUUUAAUGUUAAGUUGAUCAAUCUUAAGAAGAAUCUUAAUAUAAAUAAUUAAAUUAUAAUCUUGAAAAUAAUAGCGAUUUAUAAUAUUAGAGUUAUCAUUCAUCUGAUUUGAUUGAUAAUUUAUAGAUAAUUCAUGACUAAAUUAAUGAAUAGUCUAUAAAGUGCAUAUGCGGUAAAAAUAAUUCAAUUAAAAAAAUUAAACUUGUUGAUGUUGAAUGUCAACAUGAUGGACAAAUGAAUAUGUGGCAAUCAAUCAAUAAUUUAGACAUAGAGAUAGAGGAGAAUAUUAAAAAUAUAAGAAUAAGAAGUAGAUGUAUGAGCCAAACAAAAUAAACUCCAGAAGGAGUACAAAUAAAUAAUGAUGAUCAAAUCACAUUUUUAGAGAAUGGUAACUAUGAUCUUAAAUAAUUUAAUAGAAUUAUUAUUAAAAAAUGAAUUGUUAGAUACAAAAAAUUAAGUCAUUUUUAAAUUGCAUUCGUAAAUUGAAGAUUUGCACAAAUUAAUCAACGAUUAAAAAGAUAGUGCUAGAAAUCGUAGACAUUCAGAUUCAGAUUUAUCUAAUGAAAAUUAGAAUUGGGAAAUUGAUGAAUUAUAACAUUAAAUUUAAACAGAUGCUGAAAUUCAAGCUAAUCUAACUAAACAAAUGUUAUAAUAUAGUGAAGAAACAAGAAAACUUGAAAAAUAAAUAGCUCAAAUUACGGAUUAAAAUUAAGAUCUUAAAGUAGAGCUUGAUGAAUAAUCUAUCUAAAUUAGAAAGUUAAAAGAAAAAUUAGCUGAAAUUGAAGAAAAUAAAACUAAAGAAAUAGAUAUCAUAAAUGAAGAUUAUUAAGAUAAAUUAUCUAAAUAAAAUAUGAUCAUUGAUACCUUACAAUAAUAAAUCAAUAGUUUGUCUGUAAGUCCAAUGGGCUUACCUAUGCCUUAAACUAUGAAAUAUAUAAACUAAUAACAAUUAUAAUCUAUAGGAUCUGAUUCAUAGUAAUCAAAAGGAUCAAAUAACAAAACAAAAGAAGAAAGAUAAUAAUAAAUAAGAAAUAUUAAAAAAAUGACAACCAUGACAGCAGGAUUAAUGUCAAAUAAAUAAGACUAUGUUACUUUGGGUCUCUUAGGUAAAAUUGAUCAAUACAAGAGUCAACAAAAAUUAGAAUCCUUUAAUAAACUUAAUUGA